CUAUAUAUUAAACAAGAGCCCACCAUUCCUCCACCUCCACCUCCUCCUCCUCCUCCUCCUCCUCCAUCAUCAACCUCCACUUCCCAUUUUCAAACAAUUUUAACCAUGAUUCAAGAACUCCUCACCGGAGUUGUCCUAAAUGAUCCAAAGUUUUCCUCUAAUUCCAUCCCUUCUUCUCUUCUCAUCCCUUCUCCUUCUCCUUCUCCUUCUCUUUCUCCUUCUCCCUCUCCUUCUCCUUCUCCUUCUCCCUCACCUUCCCUUCCUCCAUCCACAGACAACCACCAUCAUCACAACCACCACCGUGAAAACCUCCGGUGUCCUCGCUGUGACUCCUCCAACACUAAGUUCUGUUACUACAACAACUACAACCUCACUCAACCUCGCCAUUUCUGCAAAACUUGCCGCCGUUACUGGACCAAAGGUGGUGCUCUCCGCAACGUCCCCAUCGGCGGUGGCUGCCGGAAAACCAAACCCUCUCUUUCACCCUCCCCCUCCCCCUCCUCCUCCUCCUCCUCAUCCCUCAAGUCUAUCCCUUCCAAACCAAAACUCCCUUCCUCUCUUGAGCAUGACUUCUCUCCCAACCCUCUUCUCUGGCCUUCUCCUUCUCUAACUCUCCUCACUUCCACCCCCUUCAAUAACCCUAACCCUAACCCUAAUAAUAUCUUCAACCUUGACUUCCCUACCACUACUACUACCACUAAUGAAGUCUUGUUUACUGCUAAUGAUCAACUUCAAGAACUCUACCAAAGGCUACGUUCAUCUGCAACAACUCAUCUCAGUGAUCAUCAUCAUCAUCUUCAUGGUUUCAUGGGUUCUAGUGCUGUUUCUGCUUCUUUAAUGGCUUCUUCUCUUUCUACUCCAAUGACUACUACUACUACUACUUCUUCAACUGCUACUAUUCCUACCAUUUUGGAAUCUGUUGGAGUUUCUGCUGGAGAUUUUACUUACUGGAAUCCAACAAUUGCUUGGUCUGAUCUUCAAACAAGCAAUGGUGCAUUCCCUUAAUAUUAGUUUAUAUAUCAUCAGUUUGUCUUUGUUUAGUAUCUUUGUUGUUCUUUUUUUUUUUCUUCUUUUUUCUUUGUUUGGUUGUGUGCAUGCUUUAAUAUGAGAUCAAUAUUUAAACAAUGUUUGCCUUU